UUUAAUUGUAGAUUAUUAGUUAAUGUUAACGUUAAUAUACUUGGUAGCAGUCUACAAAAAUGGGAAAUGAAGCUUCGCAACCGACUUCAAGUAAAAAGAUUGAAAACGACAUAAAAAUAAAUUGGAAGCAGCUCAGUAAAUGCCCUUUUCAACCAAGAGAAGGGCAGUGCUGUGCAAGCAUCAGAAAUAAAUUAUAUAUUUUUGGUGGAGUUAUUUGCGGCGCUGAACAGCAAACUGCGAAUAAUAAAGAGUCAAAUCAACUUAUUAGUUUCGACGUAGAAUCAAAUAAAUGGGAAGAAGUUAAAGUAUCGAAUGAAAUACCGGAACCGCGAUCAGGAGCGACACUAUCUGCUGUGGGAGAUAAGUUAUAUUUGUUUGGAGGUUUGAGUGAGAACCAUGGUUGGCUAAAUGACAUGUAUGUCUUUGAAAUAACAAGCGGAAAAUGGUCGAAAGUUUCUAAAUUUGAGGGUGAACCUCCAUGUCCAAGGGAUAAAUUAACAUCUGGUGUGUUUGGGACCGAUGUAUAUUAUUUCGGUGGGUUCGGACCGGGUGCUUCUCCCACGGAAUUGGAAGAUAUACCAGAAGAUGACGGCGAUGAGAAUUAUGAAGAUGAAGAAAUACAAGAGUUUGAACAAGAACAGCAAGCCGCCAUGUUCACCUGGUUUAACGAUGUUUACAGAUUUGAUACUUUAACACAGCGUUGGGAUUGGUUGCAUAGUGGAACUAAUAGACUAUCUCCAAGCCCAAGAGCUGCACACACUAUGUGUACUAUGGACCAAUCGUUGAUCGUUUUUGGUGGAAGAGACUCUGUCGGACGUAAAAAUGAUGUUUGGUCGUUUUCAGUUGCUACAAAUGAGUGGACCGAGUUGACAACACUAGGUUAUGCUCCUGAGCCACGUUCGUUUCAUGCUGCCGCCGCUGUUAGUGGAAGAAUUGUCAUUCUUGGUGGACGUGGAAUUGACAAUACGCAUUUCAAAGACUUUCAUGUAUAUGAUCUAGACACAAAUCAGUGGUUUCAACCAAAUUUUUCUGAUGACGCUGCCACGCCUCCAGCUAUGGGGUUACAUUCACUCUCUGCCGUCAAAAAUCAUUUAUUGCUUUGUUUCGGAACGUCAGAUCUUGACCCGGUAUUGAACUCUUGCACUACAUUUUAUACAGAUUGUUAUGCAGUGCCUGUUGAGAAUAUUUUGACUGGUGGGGCUUUAAAGAAAGAAGAAACCGAGCAACAACAAGAGAAUGAACAACAAUCUUCUUUACCUGCAUUCCUGAACUUGCAACCAACAUCCAAUAGUAGUAAUAACUAGAAAUAUUUGUAGAAAUUAGUUUAUUAUUAUCUCUUCUAGUGUCAUUGCAUGUUCAUGCCGUAGAUGAAAUCAUGGUUACCGUCGAUGAUCUCCAUAACCUUCAGUCCAUAUUUUUGGCAUGGCUGUAAGAUGAAGAUUCUAUUCAAUUCAAAACUAUUUGAAAAACUGGCUCCCACUCCCACCACAAAAAUACAGACUUCAUUAUCCUGACUCACAGCCAGGGGAAACCCCCCUUUUUGAAAUGUAAAAAAAGGCAUUUUUUCUUUCAUACAUAGCAAUUUUUCGUUGCUUAAAACGCUUUUUAAACCGUCAAGACUUAUGACAACCUAUUUCUUUAAGCCUCUGGCCAGACCCAUGGAUCGUAUGAACUAACUUGGCAAUUAGAAAAUUAUGGGCUACGCUUAGUGUAUCAAUUCAACUAUGUCUUACUAAUAUGUGCAGGUAUCCCAUGUCAAAUUGAGCAUAAACAAUGUACCUGAAUUUUCAAUAUGCCUUAUUUCCCUUUUUAUAAAAUUCAUCCGCCCACUGCCCUUCAUUUAUACCUUAAAUUGUAAAAAUUAAAAUUUUUGUAGAUUUUUUUAGCAUUUCUUAUCAUACUGAUAUAUAUUUAAUAUGUAUCUUUUUAUCUAUAUCUUACUAAUAUGUGAUGUUAUUGUUAUCCAAUGUCAAAGUAAAUAUGAAUUUUGUACUUCAAUUUAUAAUGCAGUUGUUAGAUUCAAUUUGAAAUAAAAUUUGUUCUGUUUUUUUAUUAGAAA